AUGGUCCUGCGAUGUCGGUUUCAGCACAACUUUUACAAUCUUGUGGAUCCGAACCAAGUCAACUUGUAUGGCCGCCCGCCAAAUGCUACUAAUGACGCCCUCUGGGAAAAGGCACUGCGGGAAAACCCUGAUCCAUCCUGCAUGGUACCCGUAAUAGCCAUCGGGUUCGACGACCUCCGCGAUCGCGUCGAAGCCCAAAACCAACAAUCAACAACCCACACCAAAAAACUAACCGACCUCAAAUCGCGCCUCGAAUCCCUUUCCACAGCCCACGCCGUCCAAAACUCCACGCGCCUCCUCCGCGCAUCCGCAAAACAAACACAGAUCGUGCAUCGAUUGUUGGUGUUCGUGCAGCAUUUGCAUUUGUUGAUUCCGUCGGUUAGGUCGUCGGCGAUUAGGCCGGAGGAGGAGGAGAUGAGGGGUAAGUUGGAGGAGAUUGAGGAUGAGAUUAGGAAGGGACGGGUUAAAGGAAGGUUGAAUGAGCUUUGGGCGCUGCUUGGGGCUGUUAGUGCGAGUAUUGAGAGGGGACGUGGGGGAACGGGGGAGUGGGCUGUUGUUGAUGAUGAGGGGUUGGGGCAGAUUGCGCAGAUCCUUUCGGAGCAGCAGGCGGGGCUGGCGCACCUUACCAAGAUUUUACAAAAGUGCCAGAGAGAUUUGGCGGUUAUUAUGGGGACUGCGGCGCCUGGUGCUGGUGGUGGGAUGAAUGGAGAUGAGGGGUUUGAAGGGGAGAAGCUUUGGAGUAAUCUUUGGAGUUCGACGAAUACCUUGCGGGAGAAUGUAUAUGCUGAGUGUGCAUUCCCCCGUCCUUCGUCCGAGCGC